CAUUCAACCAAAUCUCAGUUCCAGCACACACACACUCUCUCUCUCAGACUCUCUGAGUGCAAACUGCAAAGUGCAAGUUUUUAAUGGUUGCGUGAAGCAUAAGUUUGGUAUAUUAGUGUUUUCUUGAAAUGGGGAAGAAAGAUCUGCAGGGAGAUCAGAAUGAUGAUGCCAAAGUUGAAGCUGUUCUUGAACUUCUCAGAAAACAAGCCCCACUUACAGUAAAACAGGAGAAGUUCUGCAACAAAGCUUGUGUAGAACGGUUUCUACAAGCAAAAGGGGAUAAUGUGAAGAAGGCUGCGAAGCACUUGAGAGCCUGUCUUUCUUGGAGAGAGAGUAUUGGCACUGAUAAUUUGAUAGCUGAUGAGUUCUCGGCUGAGCUAGUUGAAGGUGUUGCUUUUGUGGCUGGUCACGAUGAAGAAUCCAGACCCGUUUUGAUUUUCCGGAUCAAGCAAGAUUACCAGAAAUUCCAUUCCCAGAAACUGUUUACUCGUUUGCUGGUGUUUACACUGGAAGUGGCAAUUCAAACCAUGCCAAAAUCUGUAGAGCAAUUGGUUCUUCUUUUCGACGCAAGCUUUUUCAGGUCAGCCUCGGCUUUUAUGAAUUUAUUACUGGCAACACUGAAAAUUGUAGCGGAGUACUACCCAGGAAGGCUAUACAAGGCUUUUGUGAUAGACCCUCCAUCUCUGUUCGCUUAUCUGUGGAAGGGUGUGAGACCGUUCGUUGAGCUAUCAACGGUCACGAUGAUGGUAUCAUCACUAGAUUUCGAAGAAUCAUUGGAGUUCAACGAUUUCUCAAACUACCCACGAACCUCGUCCCUUCGAUUUGACCCUUCGUCAUUGAAAUCAACGGCCAAGAUUGGAUCAUGCUCUUCUUCCCGCUUUUCCUUCACUGUGUCCCACCACUUUGACUCACUCAAACCUUGGUACCUCAGCUUAACCGACACGUCAGCAUCAAAAGUUGGGCCCACCAGCCCAUCUCCACUGGGCCCCGCACUGAUUUCCCCACUCAAUGCUCGGUCAUUCUCUUUCGCAUCACCGGCUGCCAGAACGCCACGUGGAAGCAUCAACGGUGGAGGUAACAGUACGAGGCACACAAGGAAAUCACUUUUUCCUCCAACCCCAUUGCCACAGCGUACCACGGGCAGUGACUCUAGCAGGAUCUCUCACCCGCGGACCCCACGCCCCUCAUUCCUCCAAUCACCGGCCAUGUUUUUCCGCAAGGAGGGCCACAUCAGCAGGACCGACAAGUCUCGUGAAUCGUUCAUUCCAUUUUUGAAGUUUUACCGGAGGCCGUAUGAUGAGAUGAUUUAUAGGUCAAAGAUGAGGCCCCCACUUGGUGGUCUAAUCUCAAUCGUGUCUCCUCACCUCAGACGUCGCCACGUGUCUGUAUCACAACGGUUUUGAGUCUGAGUGUCUAUGAACACAACUUUUGCUACAACUUUGACAUGCGUAUAAUGAUUCACUGAUCACAAUUGCACUUGUCAUUAAGUUGUGACAAAUUUGGUGGUCGUAGACGAACUGGGCAAUCCUAAAAAGAGAGAGAUGUAGUACAUAUUGAAUUAACAAAAAAAAAAGAUCGAUGACAUUACUGCUAAUAAUUGAUUAAUUAUUUCUCAAUUUCAAGUUUCCUCGUGCGUUGAUCAUCAACACCAAGAAGACGAAAAGAAAGAAAAAAUUAUACAACGACGUGCUAGGUGGGGUAUGAGAUGGUGUGCACCAUGUCCAAUUUUGAGCUUUGUGGCGUUUACUACAAUUUACAAAGUUUAAAGUCUACGUUUUGGGGUUUGGAGGAAA